AUGCAAUGGAAGGGCCCAAAAUCUUGCCAUAUCCCCAGUCCCAAAACCAACGUCUACCUAAGUGUGGUACACGCAGACGACUCCCAAUUUGAUAUCAGAUCAACGAAAGUUGCUAUCACGCUAGGAGGACAUUCCAGCCGUUCUUGGACAUAUACCCGUGCAUCUGCUGCCUGCAAGUACACACCCUGCGAUGCAGCUUUGAAGGUCAGUUCCACUAAUGAUGCGUUGCAAGCAAGAGAAUCCGGGAUGCUUUACCCCGCUGAAGUAAUUGCCAUCAAACUGUGGACGUUGCCGACAACUCAGCCAUAUCCAGCGGAACCUGUUAUACAUAGGUGUGCCACCGGUAAAUCUGCAACGGCGUGUCUGUGCAAGUACGUCUCCAAUGUUGGUUCUGAAUUCGGUCUCGGGUAUACCAUACCUUUAUCCGACCAGGGAAGCUUCUCUCCAUACCUAGGUCCUCUCGUGUCCCUUCUUACUUUCCACGCAGACAGCUUCAACCUCUACUCGAAGACACGUCAAAUUGUCCAACAAGGAACCAUCAUGCAAUUCUCGUACCAGGCUCUUAAGUUAUCUUCUUCCAUCGAGGAAGACAAUGCAGGGCUCCCCCUCGAAGCUCCGUCGAUGUUUAAGUCUGUACUCAGGUGGUGGAAAGUUGCUGUGCAUGUGUUUGUUUGGGCUUCUGAGCCUCGUCGUGUUUCUCGCGUCGUUCAGAAGCUCCGACUGUGGCGAUCAGCAAUGUCACCGGCGUUGAAACAUAUCUCGUUCGAGAAUCAUUAUUUCGAUGGCUUCUACGACACAUCUCCCUUCAAGGGGCAGCCAGAUGCUCCACUUGAUGACGAAUGGAAUAAGUUGAUUAGAAGUCAGUACAGUUCGAUCAAAGAAAUGAAAGAAACAGAUGCCAUGACGGAGAAACUGCACAAGAACAGCACCUAUGUCACUCUCCCCGAUGAUCAAGGCGGUGGUUAUCUAGGAAAUCUGGAAGUCUAUCAUCAACUGCACUGCCUCAAUUUCAUCCGACAAUAUACUUAUGAGGACUACUAUCGAGAUCCAGCACGUUUACCAAUGGAGUUCACUGACUCUGACGGGGUGCUACGGAAUCACGUUGAUCACUGCAUAGACUAUCUGAGGCAGCUCAUCAUGUGCACAGGUGAUGUUGGGGUUCAUACCUACUUCUGGAUGAAGGGUCGCGACUUUCCAUUUCCAGAUUUCAUAGUAGAGCGUAAGUGUCGCGCGUGGAAGAGUGUGGAGGAAUACGCUAUCAAGGCACGUGGUAAUAUUACGCUGCCUACCUCAUGGAGCAUUCGAGCAUGA